UAAAAGGCAACCUACAACCACCUCACUGUCAGAGAAGGCUGAGUGUUUGAGAGAGCUUGACUAAGACCCUCCCAGCAUCCUGUGCCUCCAGCAUGGAACCAAAGCAGAUCAGGGAGGGCUACCUUGUGAAGAAGGGAAGUGUGUUCAAUACCUGGAAACCUCUGUGGGUUGUAUUAUUAGAAGAUGGGAUUGAAUUCUACAAAGGGAAAGGCGAGGCCGUCCCCAAUGGAAUGAUUCCCCUGAAAGGAAGCACGGUGAUCAGUCCUUGCAACGAAUUCAGCAAAAGGAUGUUUGUGUUCAAGAUCGUUACUGCCAAGCAACCCAUCUACUUCCAGGCAGCCUUCCUGGAGGAGAGAGAUACUUGGGUUCGGGACAUCAAGAAAGCCAUAAGAUGUGUUGAAGGUGGCCAGAAGUUUUCGAGGAAAUCCACCAGGAGGUCCAUUCGGCUACCAGAAACCAUUGACUUGGGUGCCCUGUAUUUGUCCAUGAAAGAUGCUGAGAAAGGAGUGAAAGAACUGAAUCUGGAGAAGGACAAGAAGAUUUUUAAUCACUGCUUCACAGGUAGCUGUGUCAUCGACUGGCUGGUAUCCAACCAGUCCGUUCGGAACCGCCAGGAAGGCCUCAUGGUUGCCUCAUCACUGCUCAGCGAAGGCUAUCUGCAGCCUGCGGGAGACCUGUCCAAGGCUGCAGUGGAUGGAACUGCUGAAAACCCCUUUCUGGAUAAUCCUGAUGCCUUCUACUACUUUCCAGACAGUGGGUUCUUCUGUGAAGAAAAUUCCAGUGAUGAUGAUGCGAUUCUGAAAGAAGAAUUCAGAGGGGUCAUUAUCAAGCAGGGAUGUUUACUGAAGCAGGGACAUAGGAGGAAAAACUGGAAAGUGAGGAAGUUCGUUCUGAGAGAAAACCCUGCCUACCUGCACUACUACGAUCCUGCUGGGGGGGAAGAUCCCCUGGGAGCGGUUCGCUUGAGAGGCUGUGUGGUGACUUCAGUGGAGAGCAACCCAGAUGCCAAGAAGAAUGAUAAAGAGAACCUGUUUGAGAUCAUCACAGCUGACGAAGUGCAUUAUUUCUUGCAAGCAGCCAGCCCCAAUGAACGCAUAGAGUGGAUCAAAGCCAUUCAGGUGGCUUCCCGCACUGGGAAGUGAGGACACAGCUGCAGCUCCCCAACCCCUCUUGCGGGAAGCCCCAUCUGGGAUCUGUCUGCUACUGGGACACAUCAACAGGAGAGGGUCUGGGGUGGGAAAUUUUCAUCUGCAGGAAGUUCUGAGUGUAUCUUACCAUGUGCUACACUAUGUUUACUGCCCCUCACUGCUCACUACAUCCUCUCACCACCAUUCUGCAUCCCCCAAGCAGCUGUGCGGCAUAGCUGGGCUACUUCAUUGCUCCUGACCUUAGGGCACCUGGUGGGAAAUGAAGGAGCUAAACGAGGAGCUCUCUAAGGUCUCCUGUAGCCUGCUUAAAAUAGAGCCCUGUGAUUCUAAUACCUAUGGACACAAUGGUGUCUCUGGUCAUCCUGCUGAUGUUGUUACUUGGUUAUGUCAUGGCCUUCAGUUGCUUUCAGAUGUAUUAGACCCAAGACAACUCUUCCCUUUGACAUUUUUGCCAACCUGAACUCUGAGUACUAGACAUGAACCUCUCUUUGUCCUUUGUCACUCAUUGCAAAUGGUGGUAGCUUUUAGGGUGAGGCCUGGGAAGUUAGGUCUUUUGAGAAAGAGAUCUAAGGAAGUUAGAAAGCAGACAAUGGCCUUUUCCAUCUCCCAACAGAGCAGACUGUCCUGUUGUCACUUGAGGCUAAUUUUAGCAGGGGCAAGGGGAGUCUCCCUUUAUGCCUCUUGGGAACAUUCUGUGCCAUUUAUUAUUAUUGUUAGGAGGAAGGACCCAAAUCCAUGUGAUUCACUUUCAGUUAAAUUGUAUAGGAAAAAAAGAAUGGCCAGCUGAAUUUCCUCCAUGAGUGAGGUAGCUUGACUAGGAUGUUCCUCCCAGCCAGAGGGUUGAGUUGAUGGGAUGAUGAGCUUCUCCAAAGUCAGCACUGAAAGGGUUCCAGUCUGCAGAGAGCUCCCAGAGGUGGCUGUAAGGCUCCUAUUAACUGUAACAGUUGUGGGCAUAUAUUUUAAGCACAGUAGUAGCAGCUCCUACUUAAGCUUUAGAGUUAUGUGAUCUUGAUUCAAAUUUUGGAUUUGCUGGCAACUAUUUUUUUUUUAAAAAAGAUUUAUUAUCUAUUUUUAUUGGAAAGUCAGAUUUACGGAGAGGAGAGACAAAGAGGAAGAUCUUCCAUCUGCUGGUUCAUUCCCAAGUGGCCACAAUGGUUGGAGCUAAGCCAGGAGCCAGGAGCUUCUGGGUCUCCCACACUGUACAGGAUCCCAAGGCUUUGGGUUGUCCUUGACUGCUUUUCCAGGCCACAGUCAGGGAGCUGGCUGGAAAGUGGAGCAGCUGGGACACGAACUGGCCCCAACAUGGGAUCCCAACAUGUGAGGGGCGAGGACUUUAGCCACUAGGCUACCACAACUUUUGAAUGUGAUCACUCACUAGUAAUUCUCCAAAACUGAGAUACUGCCCAUAAAACUAGGGGUGUGUUUGUAUGUGUGUGUGUAUAUUUUCCAACUUCAGAUAUUUAACUCUAAGUCCCCAGUAAGGAAAGAAUAGGAAGUUCUUCCCGGUUUUAUCAAUUCCUUUCUUGCUCUCUUAAUUCCCUCACAGUCUUCACCAGGCUGUUAACACUCUUGGAUUGUUUGGUCAGUGACUUAGCAGUUAAAGACCUAUCUUUUUCUCUGAUUCCUUAGCAGAUUGUCUUCAUAGAAUAUGCUCAAUAGGUUUUCUGCAUUCACCGUUAACAAUAUUAUUAGUGUGGGACAGAAUCUUAUGUUUUAAAAUAAAUGUGAUUGGGUUUAGA